ACACACACACAUACUUGUAUAUCGAUCACAUUCAUGCAUGCAUUCACGGUAUUAUCAUAUAACAAUCCGUGUCAGGAAGGCGUAGCAUGAUGAAUAAUCAAAUGGCGCUGAAAGUGGAAGUCUAUCAGAAGGAAAACGUGAAGCCACUCUAUCCAACCCCGGAAUCCUUAAGCACCUAUAAGCUCUCCCUUCUCGAUCAAAUUGCCGGCACUUUUUACAUGCCCAUUGUCUUCUUCUACGCCCACUCCGCCGCCUCUCCUCCCCAUGAUUACGACCGCCUCAAACUCUCCCUCUCCAAGGCGCUUUCUCUCUGCUACCCACUCGCCGGCAGGCAGAAGGACGAGUUCACCGUCGUGUGCAACGACGCCGGCGCCGAUUUUUCCCGGGCAAACGUCACCAACUGCGACUUGCCCGAGGUCCUUCGGCAUCCGCGCCUCGACCUUCUCCGGCAGCUCUUCCCCCUCGAUCCGUACCCGACCGAUUUCGACCCUUCCCAGCCCUUGCUAGCUGUUCAGGUCAACAGGUUCCGGUGCGGCGGAACGGCGGUGGCGAUAUGCCUGUGGCACGCUCUCGCCGACGGGUCUGGGCUUUUAGGGCUCCUCCAGACGUGGUCGCGGUUCAACCGUGGGGAAGGCCCCGCCGCCGCUACCGCCAACCACCACGACGGCAAUUUCGUCGUCGACCCCACUCUGAUUUUCUCUCCGGGAAACUUCGACAUCCCGGCGCUUAUAUCCUCUGAAGUGGCACGGCAGAGACAUGUCAGCGAAACAUACAUCGGAAAACGGUUUGUUUUCUCCAAGAAAGAGAUCGAAAGCAUAAAAGAUGAGAUGCAGAAGAUUCCUUCCUCUGACAGCCGCCGCCCGACUCGGGUGGAGGCGUUGUCGGCUUUCAUAUGGGCCGCCGUGAUUAGGGCAACUCUUCGAGUCACCCCGAACCUGAAGACGCACGUUCUAACGAACGCGGUGGACCUGCGAAGGAGGAUGGACCCACCAUUCCCUCCCACCUGUCUAGGAAAUAUCAAUCAAAUAACCGCCGCCAUAUGGGCGGCGGACGGUAGACCGGGAGCCAUCACCGCCAAGUCCCUAAUCGGAAGCGUUCGAGAAGCCAUUAUGAAGGUGAAUGACGGCUACGUGAGGAAAAUGCAUGAGGGUGGCGGAUAUAUAAGAGCAAUAAUGGAGGCCAGAAAAGAGGAUCCUAGUGUGAGUAAUAACAAAGGAGAAGAAGCAGAAAAGAGGUUUCUUUGCAUAAGCACUUGGUUCAAGUUUGAGUGCCUAAAGGUUGACUUUGGGUGGGGGAAACCCAAGUGGCUGGGUCCGGGUAAUAAUUUGGGUGAUUUGGCUCUGUUAUUGGACGCGGAAGAUGGGGGCAUUGAAGCUUGGGUUGGGUUGCCCAGACCAAUUAUGAACCAUCUUGACCAAGAUGUUGACUUCACUUCACGUGUGGCUUUUAGUCAAAUUAUUUGGAACCCGUCGAAACUACCGCAGCUGUUACCGUCUCGGCUAUAAACUUCCCCAUCCACGUUCAAGCUUUGAGCAGCUAUAUAAUUAAGUUUAAAUGCCCGGCCUGGCCGGCCAUAUAUGAAAACAUGGUAACCCUAUAUGACUAUCACUAUGGAUUAUCUACUUAUUUUCUAUCAAGUCUUCUCUAAAUUAAAAUGUCUAUCUAUAUUAAGAUAUUUGUCUGAAUUAAAAAUAGUACUCCGUAUUCAAAUACUCCGUAUAAAGUUGUUUAUUUUAUGUGAUGAAUGAAAACAGCUGAAUAGAAGUGUUAAUGCAUGG